GUCAGACCGAAAGAACUGGGGUUCCCAAAUAACGGGAACAUAGAGACAGACACACAGACGGAUGGCGGGACAGAGCCAAAGAAAAGAUACCGCAUAAAGGGUACCGUGUUUAUGUUUUUCGUUAACUUUCAUUUAGUAAAAGAAAAGCUGGUUUAUUUAUUUAUCUUUUAUUUAUGGAUUGAUUGCGUUUUAAUUACCGGCCUGUGACAGAGAGAGGGGGAGGAGCGAAAACUAGACGGCGUCCCUGUGUAGCCUUAGUCAUUAUUUGAUUAUUUAAAUGUAUCAAAUCAUUUAAUUAUAUAUUUUAUCAUAAUACUUCUUUGUGUGCAUGUAUCCCUCAGCUGACCGACAGCAAAACUGCUAAUAACCAAAUAUAAAGAACCAAAAAUAACAACUUAACACCAACAGUUGUUAACCUUUUCUAUUCCGACCAUACACUUGCUAUAACAGACAGUGAGAAAGAAUAGUUUUUCAUCAAAGAAAAACUGGAGAGCUAUUUAUUUACAAGUGUAAACCAAAGCAAAACCGAUCGAGGCAAAAUAGGCCACUGUGAUGCGAAGAGUCGCACACCUGUCGAGAUAAGCAAAACAUAUGGAAAUACCUUCAAGAAUAUAAUAAAAUAAUAUUCCAUACAGUUGAUAUCUAGGCUGUUUUGUAGCUACAUACAGGCCUAACUUUUACCAAUGAGAAAAUACCAGCGUUAGAGAGUCACUCUACGUCUAUUAAUUCUGUUAAUGACUAAUAUCAACAGAAGCCUAUUUUACAUAUAGCUGGCGUUGUGUAUCCCGUAUCCCGACUAUCCGUCUGUGUGUUAGUCUCAAGUGAGGACCGUUGUUUGAACUACCAAGGGACCAUAUAUCCACAUCGAUAUGACAUAGAAGCACAAAACCAAAAAUGUGAAUGUACCAUAGGCUAGACACAAACUCAACCAAAUAUUCUUACUACCAAACAUCUUUUGAAACGUCUACCUGGAAAGCAUACGAAGAAAAGCAACAAAGAACAGAAGACAAGCGCAAUUCGAAGAAAACUGCAAAUAAAAACCAAGAACGAAAGCGGAUCAUGUUUGUUCCCUUGCCGGUGCCGUUCGUCUUUCAGAGAACUGCUUCCGACUUCAGCGCCUGGCGUCUCAAGUCCCCGCUGGCUCUACGCUCCAGCUCCGCAGAUAUCAGGAUGUCAAAACCAGCAGAGGAUGAGAAGCCUGGGGCAGACUUUCCAGGGGAGAGCACAGACUCCGAGAGGAACAGUCCCGAUGCAAAUGAUCAGGUUCAGCCAAUGAAAACGAGUCCCUUCAGUCUUUCUUCUACCUUGAGCAGCACCAAGAGUAAAAGUGAGGCUGGCCCUGAGAUGACCUCCACCCAUGUGCCGCUUCCCUCCCAGCAGCAGACACCUCACCCUCACACACAACUCAUGUUGGCAGGGAGUCAGCUGGCUGGGCUGGCUGCCCUCUUGCCUGCACAGCAGCAGCUGUUGCUUCAACAGGCCCAGGCUCAGCUCCUGGCCGCCGCCGUGCAGCAGUCCAACGCGGCUCACGCUGCUCAUGCCGCCCACGCAGCCGCCCAAGCCAAUCAGCAGCAGCAGCAACAACAACAGCAGCAGCAGCAGCAGUUGACCAAACAGGAGCAAACCCCGCCCCAGCUCACCCUCUCUCAGCCUAUCCAGCUCACCGCCCAGGAUAUCCAGCAGCUGCUGCAGCUGCAGCAGUUAGUCCUGAUGCCCGGCCACCACCUGCAGUCUCCUCAGUUCCUCCUGCCUCAGGCCCAGGGACAACAGGGGCAGCAGGGUAAGUGGGACCUACUAAGUUUGCUCUCGACACCUAAUUUAAUUUCACUACCUCAGCAUCAGCAAAGCCAGGGCGGUAUUCUAACCACUCCACCCAGGCAAGGACUGCAAGCACAGUGUCGUCAUGGUGACGGCCUCUCGUCGUUACAGAGGGACAAGAGCGGCGACGGCGGCGUGUCCUCCGGGGCCUCAGCCGCCCCCAUGACUUCGGUGACCUCUGGCCCGCAUGGCGAGGAGCCCAGUGACCUGGAGGAGCUGGAGCAGUUCGCCCGCACCUUCAAACAGAGACGUAUCAAACUGGGGUUCACACAGGGUGACGUUGGCAUGGCGAUGGGGAAACUGUAUGGGAAUGACUUCAGCCAGACCACAAUCUCUCGCUUCGAGGCCCUCAACCUGAGCUUUAAGAAUAUGUGCAAGCUCAAGCCUCUGCUUGAGAAGUGGCUAAACGAUGCAGAGACCAUGGCCAUAGACAGCAUGCUUCCCAGCCCCAGCUCUCUCUCCUCCCCCAUGAUGGGGUUUGAGGGCAUGACGGGGCGCCGCAGGAAGAAACGCACCAGCAUUGAGACCAACGUCCGCGUGGCCUUAGAGCGCAACUUCAUCUCGAACCAGAAGCCUAACUCAGAGGAGAUCCUCCUGAUGGGCAGGCAGCUCAACAUGGAGAAGGAGGUGAUCCGGGUCUGGUUCUGCAACCGGCGCCAGAAAGAGAAACGUAUCAACCCCUGCAGUGCCACCCCUCCCCUGCCCAGCCAGCCCCCCUCUGUGAUGCACAAACCCCCCUGCUACAGCCCGCACAUGAUGUCUAGUCAGGGGCUGCACCAGGCUGCCACCAGCCUCAGCACAACAGUGACCAGUCCAUCGCCCUCGGCGACCUGCCCUCUGACCCCCAGUGGCUCUGCAACUAUGAGCUCCGCCCCCUCCUCUGUGACUCCGCCUCCACACAGCACAGCCAGCCCCGCCCCUCCCACCCUCAGUGCCCACAGCCUGAACGCUGGGUGAGUGUCCUCUCUCUCUCUCUCUCUCUCUCUCUCUCUCUC